AUGGCUCGCCUCUCCUCCAAAAACCCAUCAUUUCUGAUGCUCUUCCUUAUCUCAUGCUGUCUUCUUUUCCAAUCUUCUGUCUUUGCAAGUACCCAAAAAUGCAUCCAUCAACACUUCUCUGCCUUACUCGACUUGAAGAAUGGCUUCGACUUCUAUCCUUCUAGCUUCUCUACUCUUUCCACAUGGAAUUCAAACAAUACCGAUUGCUGCUCUUGGGAAGGCAUCACGUGCGAUGGAGCCACUGGUCACGUGAUCAGCCUCGACCUCAGUAGCUUCCAUAUCUCAGGUCGGAUUGAUUUUGAAAGCCUCUUUCAUCUUUGGAGCUUGCAGAGGCUCAGCCUCGCUGACAAUUACUUCGAUUCCUCUCCAAUCCCUUCUGGGUUUGACAAGCUCAUCGGUUUGACCCAUCUCAACCUCUCUCGGUUGUAUUUUUAUGGCCAAAUCCCGCUCGAAAUAUCACUCUUAACCAGUUUGGUUUCUCUCGAUCUUUCUUUCAAUUAUUAUUACAAUGAAUCCGGGCUUCUAACCCUAAAACUCGAAAACCCAAGCAUUGCAGUACUCUUCCAAAACAUGUCGAGUCUGAGAGAAUUACACCUUGACAGUGCAAACUUCCCAGCGGAGGGUAGUGAGUGGGGCCAGGCCUUAUUCUCCUCACUCCCUCGUCUCCACAAGUUGAGCUUACAGUAUUGCGAGCUUUCACGCCCCAUCCAUUCUUCCCUUUCCAAACUCCGUUUCCUAUCUGAACUCGACCUCAGCUAUAACAAUCUCUCAUCUGUGAUGCCCAACUUCCCAAGGAAUCUCCGCAAGUUGAGUUUACGAAAUUGUGGUCUUUUAGGCCCCAUCCAUUCUUCCCUUUCCAAACUCCAUUUCCUAUCUGAACUCUACAUCAAUGGAAACAAUCUGUCAGGACCAUUACCAUCCUUCCUUGUGAACCUCUGCAAACUAGAGUACUUGGAUCUUUCAUUCAAUAGUUUAAGCGGCCCUAUUCCUUCUUCCUAUGGAAACAAGCUUCUGAAUCUCAAAGUGAUCAUCUUAGGGAGUAAUUUGCUUAAUGGGACCAUUCCAUCAUCAUUGUUUUCGCUCCCUUCGUUGCGGAUGCUAGAUCUCAAACGUAAUGAAUUGGGCGGCCGGCUUGAUGUUAUCCACAAUGCCUCUUCUACACAGUUGGAGUUCAUUUAUUUGGGUGACAACAACUUGCAGGGAAUGGUGCCGAGCUUUAUCUUCAAACUUGCGAAGCUUAGAACCAUUUCCCUUUCUUUCAAUAAUUUCAGUGGUGUUGUGGAGCUAGGGUUGUUUCAAAAUCUUAAGAAUCUCUCUCUUCUCGACCUUUCAAAUAACAACUUGUCAGUCAAAGAUGGUAGUAGUAAUUCUUCCUUUUUCGACUUCCCCCAGAUUAUAGAAUUAUCACUGCGUUCUUGCAACAUGAGAAAGUUUCCAAAUUUCUUGCAAAAUCAGGAGCAGAUGCAAUCUCUGGACCUUUCCAACAAUAGAAUCACGGGUGUAAUACCCAAAUGGAUAUGGAAGGUUGGAAAUGAGACUUCGUAUUAUUUAAAUCUUUCACACAAUGCACUCCAGAGAAUAGAACCACCAUUUUCCCAUGUUCCGUUGAGUAACUGGGUUGUUCUCGACCUUAGUUCCAACAGGCUAGAGGGGUCACUUCCAAUCCCGUCACCCUCUACCUCCUUCUUCUCUCUUUCCAAUAAUAGCCUUAGUGGAGAAAUCCCUGUGGCAAUUUGCAACAUAACAUCCCUUCAAGUCCUCAAUCUAUCCAGAAAUCGGUUAACUGGUUGGAUUCCGCGAUGUUUGAGUGAAAUCAGUGAUGUCCUCAAUGUGCUAAAUCUCCGAGGAAAUGCAUUUAACGGUGCCUUGCUUCAAUCUUUUAAAGAGGGAUGCAAUGUACAAACACUUGAUCUCAGUGAAAAUCAAUUAGAAGGCCAAGUGCCAAGGUCUUUGGCUAAUUGCACAAUGUUGGAGGUAUUAAACCUUGGAAACAACCAAAUAAAUGAUACCUUUCCUUCAUGGGUAGACGCAUUGUCCCAGUUGCGCAUUCUUGUCUUGAAAUCCAACAAAUUUUAUGGCCCCAUUACACUUCGACGAACAAAUCAAAGCUUCCGAAUGUUGCAGAUCAUUGACCUCUCUUCCAAUAGUUUUAUGGGUGGUUUGCCAUCUAACAUGUUUCAAAGCUGGAAGGCAAUGAUGGAGGAGGACAAAUCUCAAUCUAAGUUCCUUGGUAGAAUCGUAACUUCGACACAAAAUACGGUAUACUAUCAAGACACGGUGACAGUAAUGAUCAAAGGACUAGAAAGGGAACUAACAAAGAUCCUGACCAUCUUCACAGCAGUUGAUCUCUCCAACAACUAUUUUCAGGGGGAUAUUCCAGCAUCUCUAGGGAUUCUCAAGUCACUCCGUCUGCUCAAUAUGUCGCGCAAUGGUUUCACAGGCCAGAUUCCAACGUCACUUGAGAACUUAACGGUGCUCGAGUCAUUGGAUCUCUCACAAAAUUAUAUCUCAGGUGAGAUUCCUUGGCAACUGACAAAACUAACAUUCCUCUCAGUGUUGAAUCUUUCACAGAAUCACCUUGUGGGAAGCAUACCGCAAAUUAAACAGUUUUUUACAUUCACAAAUGAAUCAUUCCAAGAAAAUUCGGGAUUAUGUGGACCACCACUAUCAAGAAAAUGCAUUGCACCACCAUCAGUAAUACCGACAUUUGAAGUUGCAACUUCAAAAUUGAACUGGGAAUUCAUGUGGAUAGGAUUUGGAGUCGGAUAUGGAGUAGGAAUGGGAGCUUUUUUCUGGACUCUAGCACUAUGGACAAAGGGAAGCAUUGAAUACAACAGAUUUAUAGAUCGGAUGCUUUCAUUAAUUUUUCCCUCUGCAAUAUUUGCCCCAAAGCGACGACCAUAA